AUGGGUGUGAUACAAACGUUUGAAAGUGGUGGCCGGGAGAGCCCAGAUAUUGCUGGGGACGUGGUGGUGCAGGGAGAACGGGUGGAGGCAUUGCUUGCCUGGUGGGAUCCAUGGGCUAUUGCUAUCUUUGUGGUUCUCUACCUUCUGGCCUCCAUGGUCUCCUAUGUGGUGCCCUUCCGAAUGCUGGCGAAUGGGAUGAUCGGGAGAGAGAGGCUGCAGAUGAGGUACUACCGAGCGUGGCCAAGGCAGUCGAGUGGGAUGGACCCACAGCUAUCACAGGUGGAUAUGAUGGGGCCGGAUGAGCUGGACGAGGAGCUGGAUAGUUUCCCGAUAGUACGAGUGGCGAAGGUGGUAUGGGUGUGCUACAAACGUUUGAGAGUGGUGGCCGAGAGAGCCCAGGCAUUGCUGGGGGACGUGGUGGUGCAGGGAGAACGGGUGGAGGCAUUGCUUGCCUGGUGGGAUCCAUGGGCUAUUGCCAUCUUUGUGGUUCUCUACUUUCUGGCCUCCAUGGUCUCCUAUGUGGUGCCCUUCCGAUUGCUGGCGGAUGGGAUGGUCGGGAGAGAGAGGCUGCAGGUGGCGCUGGACUACUGGGUAGGAAAAAUUAGAGGGGAGAAGUGUUUUAUUUUUCUCAUCUUUUACUGA